AUGGAAGCGUUUCAGCGCUCGGGCUUGAAGGGAGCACCUGCGCAGCAGUCGCACGCAACAGGAGCAAAUGCGGGUGAGCUUGGCCAGCCGGAUGUGAAAGCAUCUGAAAGCACGCCCACUGGAAUCCACCCGCUGCUGCUUGGCAAUGUCGCCAAGAUCCAGGAACGGUUCCAGUCUUUGGCGCCCAAGUUUGUCUCGCUCCAAGCAAACAAGCGGCCGCUUCCUGGGCGCCCUGCUAAUCCGCAACCCACUGUACAGAUAAAGCCCGCGAAACCAGCGCCGCCAGCGAAUCCGUACCUGACUGCGGCUGCACAGGCCGCCAGCGAUGCAGGGCCGCGGCCCAAGUCACGAAGCAUGCAGCGCUCUUUGCAAUUCAACCGUCCGGGGCGCUACAUCAUGGAGGCCGAGCAUAUGCGGCGUGACCAGCAGAUGAACGCGCUCAAGGAACGGAUCCAAAAUGCCGCGCGCAAGGUCGGGAUGCAGGACGAGUUGCUUGGCGACGAACGCAUUUUGCGCCGCGAAGAGCCGCCCGAAGCAGAGUGGUGGGAUAUUCCACUGCUUCCAAGCAAAGACUACAAAGACGUGCCGGACGGGCACGACGCGCAAGGGCCGUUGCCUUUCUUACACGGCGCCGAAUCGCCCAUCGACCAUCUUGUACAGCACCCGAUUCCCAUUCCUGCACCCACCGAAACAAUUCGUGUCCGUCCGCACGGUGUCAUGUUGACCAAGCAAGAAAUGAAAAAGAUGCGGAAACAGCGCCGCGCCGCGGAGCAGCAGGACAAGCGCGACAGGAUUAAAAUGGGCCUGCUUCCGCCUGAUCCGCCCAAGGUGAAGCUGUCGAAUCUGAUGCGUGUGCUUGGGUCAGAAGCAGUGUCAGAUCCGACAAAAGUCGAAGCACGCGUCCGCCGCGAAAUUGCCGCGCGCCGCGAACGGCACGAGCAGGCGAACGAGGAUCGUAUGCUUACCGACGAAGAGCGUCGCGCUCGGCGUGCGUACAAGACGAGAGUCGAGGAGGACAAGGGGAUUUGGGCACAAGUGUACUGCAUUCGCCAGCUUGUCAGUCCUUCGCACAAGUUCAAGGUGCGCAAGAAUGCACAACAGCACCAUUUGGGCGGCAUUGUGAUUAUUCAUCCAGACUUGGCGCUCGUUGUCGUUGAAGGGUCGUGUAAAGCACUCAAGGCAUACAAGCGGCUUAUGCUUGUACGCAUCGACUGGACGGAUCCUGGCCGGCCACACGGCAUGGAUGCGUCGGAGGAAGAGACGCCGGACGUGGACCUUGGCGAGAAUACGUGCGAGCUCGUGUUUGAAGGGCCCGUGCGUGAGCGCACUUUUGGUGGCGGCAUGAUUCGUACCGAGGCCGUCUCUACCGACGCAAAAGUCAAGGAGCUGCUGGGGCCGCAGCUCUCAGGUUACUGGGAAGUGGCCAAACGGUCGCUUACAGCGACGCAAGGUGAUUAA